AUGGCCUGAGGGCCCAACACGGCCGCAAAAUUGCUAGCCCGUCCAAGACCCAGUUUCUGAGUUCCUCGUCUUCAUCCGUUCAUCGUCAAUCUCUGUGCUGUGAGCGAGCCGACGAAUCCGGCCGGAGCCCCCUCGUCUGAAGAGGCGAACACGGCCGACGAACACCGAACAGAAGAGGCGGUCUGGGCGAAGCAGCGCCCGACUCCCGACCGACAGUGUCAUGUGCAAGAAUCGAAAGCCGCUUCCGCCUGCACAAGCCUCAAAUCUUCUCCGCCGCUCCAGCACCAAGAGGCAGAUUCCAGUACUGGCUCUCGUUGCAGCUUCAAUUUUUCCUUAAAAAAAAUCUCCGUUCGAUUUGCCGAAUCGGAAGACCAGAGUUACACUUGGAACUAACCGAAGGGAAUGCUUCUCAACGCACCUACUAUUUCCUGGCGAUGCUGUACUUCAUGGAACAUGUGUUCUGAGUCUAGCCAGUUACCAGGAAAGUUGGCUCAAAGAGUUGAUUUGUGGAAUUCUUCGUGCUCACAAACAUUGAGGCAUCACGCCAGGACUGGUUCAGUUAAGAAGAACAUAAAUUCAUCUAAUCCAGCAUGUUCUGUCAGUUUAGGUCGACAGUUUCAUGGCAGACUAUCAGCAAGAAGCCAAAUCCUAAGUGUAAAGUCUGAUAUACUAUACCAUCACAAGUUUUCUAGUAUAGGUUGGCGUUUGGGAAGUAUGCCACGAAAAAUAGGAGGUAUAGCAUCUGGAAAAGGUUUUACAGUGUCUGGGAUGUCAAGUGCCGAGGGUCCUGUGGAUAACAACAUUGAUAGCACCCAGCCUGCUGAAUCAUCAGCAAAUUUAUCUCAUGGGAAGAAAGUUUACACAGAUUAUUCUGUCACUGGGAAACCCAUACCUAAUGAGGAUCUUCAGAGAAAGCUAGCCGAUGAGUUGAGAACAAUGGUUGCUGAUGAGUUUAUCAAGAGACGAGCAGAGACUGAAUGGUUCGUUGAAGGAGAAUUCGAUACAUAUGUCUCUCAGAUUAGAAAGCCACAUGUUUGGGGAGGUGAACCAGAGUUAUUUAUGGCUUCGCAUGUUCUUCAGAUGCCAAUCACAGUUUACAUGCAUGAUAAAGAAGCUGGCGGUUUAAUAGCAAUAGCUGAAUAUGGCCAAGAGUAUGGGACAGAAGCUCCCAUCCAAGUUCUUUAUCAUGGUUACGGCCAUUAUGAAGCUCUGCAGAUACCGGGAAAGGGUGGUCCAAGGUCAAGAUUGUAACAUUUGCAGCUCAACUUUCAAAUGGAGCGACGCGCGGGCUGCAAGUUGAGAUCCACACUGCUGUGUUUAUGUGGCGAAGAACAGAUGGCCAGAACUUCUAAACAGGCUUGGAGCUGCCAAAGGACAGUGAUCUGCACCCGCAUUCCUAUACAUUCCAACUAUUGAGCCCUGUGCGCUGCCCCCCUUGUUCGAGAUUUCAUGUUAUUAACAUCGUUGCAAGGUCAGAUGCAGCAGGUUACAUAUACCGUUGAUGCAAUGCAGAGUUCUUGUCAAAUAUUGCUGGCAACAUCGCUUGAUGGGUCGUGUAUUCUUGAGCUUA